AUGGAUGCAUUGGCAACGCUGAAUGCUGCAACACCAAAAUCUAAUGCAAUAUGGACUAUUCGUAUGAUCAAAGGCCGUGAUGAUACUCGAGUUGAUUUUCAGGAGUUUAGUCAGUUUGUGAAAUCAGUUUAUCAACUGUCGGAUAAAAAGGAAAAAAAGGGAAACCUAGCAAGGGGUUCAAUCGAUAGAAAGCUUUCGUUACAGGAUGCAGUUGCCAGAAAAGCUGAGGAGACUUUCAACGUGAGCUUUUGA